UUUUGUUUAGUGUGUUGUUAAUUAAUUCGAUGAAUAAUCAGAACGAUACUGGUACACCAUCUGGUUCUGGAAACCAAGACACAAAUGUAAAUUUUGGUGAUCCUGGACAGACUGCAGAACCUUUAAUUAAAUUUAAGUACCCACAAAGACCACAGACUGUGCCUGCUGUUCAAAACUUUGGGGGGAAAGCUCCACCUCCAAGCAAAGCAAUUGUCAAGGGAGAGUUAGAAGGAGAUCAAGAUGAUUAUGUAAAGAGGAGGCAAAGAAACAAUAUUGCUGUGAAGAAAAGUCGUGAAAAAUCACGAGAGAAGUCUCAAAUCACAUCGGAAAGAAUUGACCAACUGAAAGAGGAAAACUGUGUGCUUGAAAAUAAAGUUGAAGUUCUUAACCAGGAACUUAAAGUUUUAAAGCAAGUUUUUAUGGACCAUGCCAAAGGGUUCAGUGGUAGUGGCAUAGACCUACCAGACUUGGAACAGCUGGAGAAACUGUUGGGUCACAAACUGACCGACAAACCAGGAACUUCACAAAUGCAUGAUAAUAAAACCAAUGGACCAAGCUGUAGUGGUUCUAAAAGCUAACCUUUUAAAAUAUUUUUAGAACGUUAUUAAUCUGUUAUAAAAUUGUUUUGAAAAACUUAAAAAUAUCACACUGUGUGGCCAUUAUCAACUUUUUCUGUUUUAGUGGUUUUUAUUCAUGUUUGUUUAUUUUACUUGUGUUUUUAUUUAUUCUCUAAUUGCCAACAUAAUUUUCUUUUUAUAGAUUUUUUUUAUUUUUAAGUAAGGUUUGAAAUCAUUAAGUUUGCAUUGCAUGUUUAUACAGUUACAUUCAGUAAACUACAGUAGGCUAUGAAUUAAAACUGUUGUAGAGAUUUUUGACUAUUGUGUUUUGUUUCCAAACAAGUUUCUUUAUUUCUGUACAUUAAAGGCAACAUUCCUUCAAACUUGAACACAUUAAGUUUAGUGUCGCCUAGGGCCUAGCUAGGCUACUAUUGCAUGAAACAUUAAUUCCUCCAUUUGAAAAAGCUAAACUGACUUGUUUUAAUAUUUAUCAAUCAUUUAUAUUUUUAG